AUGGACUUCGAGGACUUCGAGUGGCUUCGGCCCGCCGUGGCCCCGUUCUUCUUCUAUGUGUUUGCGUUUGCCUCCGCGGAGAUUGCCAGAAGGAUCAGCGACUGGGUCCUCCAACGAACCGUGCGAAACUACCAAGACAGCUACCAAUACCUCUUCAUGAAUGAGCUGAUCGGCACGGCUCUGAUGUGCGGUUGCGUAUGGGAGAAUGGCUUGAUCGUUCAAGCCUUCGGCUGGAAGGGUUUUGGGAUCACCGUCGCCGCGCUGCUCACCGGCAACAUGCUCUGGAAUCGCAGGGCUUGCGUGUCGCCCUUGAUGCCUAUUGAGAAUGGGCUCUAUGGCAGCUACAGCCCGAAGAAGACAAUCACGAUCCUGACGGCCCAACUACUCGGAGGCAUCGCAGCGCCAAUCCUAGCGCACGGUGUUUGGUGGCACACCCGCAGUUACUCGAUCGCCCACCGACAGGCCCACUUCAACUUGCGCGACGGCUGUGAAUUCAGCUACAAGACCGAUUUCGUCUACGCUUGCCUAUGGGAGUUCGUCGGGGCGUUCCUCAUCCGCGCCGGGGCUCCAAUCCUAUCGCGCAUCAGCCCGUUCACCAUCCCGGUCUUCAUCGCCAGCCUGCUGUCUGCCGCUAUGGUCUACGUCGGUAUCCCCGGCCUGAACCCCACUGUCGUCACCUCACGACUCUGGCACUGCCGUGGUCUUUCUGCCAACUGGUUCUUCCUUCUCUACUGGUUCUGCCCACUCUUUGGCUGGUUCUUCGGCGCUGAGGUGUACGGAUUUUGCACGAACAAGAGGGGUCGCCCAAUUGAAGCGACGCCCAAGAAGGACCAGAGCAAAGACAAGAACAAGCCCAACAAGAAGCGCAAAUAUUAC